UGCAAGUCUGUGUGGCUUUAAACGAAGUGUAACUGUACGACUACAGCAAGAUACCCGUAAAGGUGCAGGCGACGCGUUUGUACUUGUGUGUGCGUGCUGUGUGUUUGAGACGUGUGUGUGAUCUCAGACGGACGGAAAACAUGUCUAAGAGAGGAAAGAAAACUGAAGAGACUGCAGAUGGCGCCACUGACAACGGAACAGGAUCUGCAGCUAAGAAAGCAAAGAAGGGGAAAGAGCCAGAGGCCCCGGUCAUGUACGAGGAUCCCCCCGACAAGAUGAUGAGUAAGGAUGGUCGCCAGGCCAACCUGAAGAUCACCUCAUGGAAUGUUGACGGACUCCGAGCUUGGGUCAAAAAGAAAGGUUUGGACUGGGUACGUGAGGAGGCUCCAGACGUGCUGUGCCUUCAGGAGACCAAGUGUGCGGAGAAGGACCUGCCGUCGGAUAUCACCUCCAUGCCCGAGUACCCUCACAAGUACUGGGCCGGCUCUGAAGGCAAGGAGGGCUACAGUGGCGUGGCCAUGCUCUGCAAGACAGAGCCCCUCAAGGUCACCUUUGGCAUAGGUAAGGAGGAGCAUGACAAGGAGGGCCGUGUGAUCACUGCCGAAUUCCCCAACUUUUUCCUGGUCACAGCCUAUGUGCCAAAUGCUGGGCGUGGCCUGGUACGUCUGGAUUACCGUAAAACCUGGGACGUGGACUUCAGGGCCUACCUGAGCAGUCUGGACAAACAGAAACCCCUCGUGUUGUGUGGAGAUCUCAACGUGGCCCACCAGGAGAUCGACCUGAAGAAUCCAAAAGGCAAUCGUAAGAAUGCUGGCUUCACACUCGAGGAGCGAGACGGCUUCACCCAGCUCCUCACCGCGGGUUUCGUUGACAGCUUCCGUGAGCUGUAUCCUGAACAAGCCAACGCCUACACCUUCUGGACCUACAUGAUGAAUGCACGUGCCAAGAACGUCGGCUGGCGUCUGGACUAUUUCCUUCUGUCUUCUGCCCUGCUGCCCGGUUUAUGCGACACUAAGAUCCGCAACACGGCCAUGGGCAGUGACCACUGUCCCAUAACUCUGCACCUGGCUGUUUAAGUGUUUUCUCAGCACGGCUAGAGGUGUUCAGACUAGCGACGAUGGGCGUGAGAUGCUACUUGUUUGUUUUUUUUAUAUACAUAUAAAUAUAGACACAUAUGUAUAUCAGCAGUUUUAGAGAGUGAGCAAUUCGACGUGUAGACCACUGGAUGGAAAUCAGUAGUUUUGUGUAGAUGUGAAAAAUACGAUACUAAGACCUGUGCAUAACAGUGUAAGGGCAAUAUGCGGAAGUAUUGGAAUGACAGAAUUUUCCUUCCUUGCUGCCCCUUUAUAAACAUUUCCCUCGUUGUUUAACCUUUUGGAGAAAAAGAAAAAAAACUGGGAAGAUAGUCCUUCUAAAGCAAACUAAGAUUGUAUUUUUCCAUCUAGUUUAAAGCUUAACUGUUGCUCAGAGGUCGUAAUCAAUACCCAAAGCUUAGGCGUGAAGCAUCAUGAGUGUGACAAACGUGUUUUUUCCUUUUUGGCGUUUCUUUCUUACGUAUGCUUCCACACUAGACACAUAUGUCAUUGAGGUUCUCUGUUUGUGGUCUCCUCCUGUGGCCAUGUUAUAAAUGAAGACCAAACCAGAAAGCUUUUCCCCACCAUGUUAUUAAAAGUUCAUUUUCUCUUUUCUCUUUCUCUUUUCUUUUUAUUUCACACAUAGUGUCAAAGGCUGAAUUCAAUGUCACCUAAAUCUGUA